AUGCAAGAAUUCGAACAAAGGGAAAUUGACUGUGAAAAACGCCUGAUAAAAGAAUUAAAGCUGCUGACUGAAAAAGUUAAAAUUUUGCACACAAGUGAAGCUGCUGAUAGAAGGAGGGAAGAGGAAAAAGAGUUUGCGAAGAGGAUUCAAAAGGAAAAUCUAGAGUUAAAUCUGCAGAUCCAGCAAAUGAAAAAAGAAAUUAUGCAGAGAGACCAAGUGAUACAAGAGUAUGAAAAUGCGUUGGCUCAGUAUGAGCAUGCAUAUAAAAAGGAGCAAGAAAAGCAUAGAGAAGAGCUUGAAAAUAUGAAAAUGCUGACUAAAACAUAUCAGGAUCACAUUUUGCUACUGAAAAAGCCACCAAGAGAAACUCCUGAGCCUAAGCUAAUUGCAAAAGAUAUUAAUCUGCCAACUUAUGUAGAUCAUGGAUUUAAUGAUACUUUAGGAAACAAUUCACAAAUUUUCGAAAAUGAAAUUUCUGAUUAUAAGCGAAAUAUAAUGACCCAAGAUCCAAAAGGAAAAUUUCAGAUUAAUGAAUUAUAA